AUGGGUAACGAAGAUGCUGUCUAUCUCGCCAAGCUCGCUGAGCAGGCUGAGCGGUACGAGGAGAUGGUUGAUAACAUGAAGAUUGUCGCUUCUGAGGAUCGUGACCUUACUGUCGAGGAGCGCAAUCUCCUUUCCGUUGCCUACAAGAACGUCAUCGGUGCUCGCCGUGCGUCGUGGCGAAUCGUCACCUCUAUUGAGCAAAAGGAGGAGUCUAAGGGGAACUCGUCCCAGGUCACUCUGAUCAAGGACUACCGACUCAAGAUUGAGGCCGAGCUUGCCAAGAUUUGCGACGAUAUCCUCGAGGUCCUCGACAAGCACCUAAUCCCCUCGGCCACCUCCGGCGAGUCCAAGGUGUUUUACCACAAGAUGAAGGGUGAUUACCACCGCUACUUGGCCGAGUUCGCCGUUGGCGACACCCGCAAGAACGCCGCCGACAAGUCCCUCGAAGCCUACAAGGCCGCUACUGAGAUCCUCAAUGCUCCCGACCAGGCCUGCCACCUCGCUAAGCAGGCCUUUGAUGAUGCUAUUGCCGAGCUGGACACCUUGAGCGAGGAAAGCUACAAGGAUUCUACUCUGAUCAUGCAGCUUCUCCGCGACAACCUGACGCUCUGGACAUCCUCCGAGGCCGACAAUGCCGGUGCCACUGAGGCCGCUCCCAAGGAGGAGGUUCCUUCUAACGACGCGCCCGCCGCCGCCGCCACCGAGGCCGCCGCCCCUGAGGAAGAUAAGAAGGCUGCCGAAUAA